AUGUAUUUGUUUCACGCACCCUUCCGCGUUCACUCUAACAGCCGCACGGACUGGUACGCGCAGGUCACCAAAGUGCUUCAGGCGUGGCUCGGUGCUGUGAUUCUCUUCUUUCAUGCCGGGCCGCGGUUCUUUGAGUCCAGGCGAGCUUCCCGUCUUGAAGUGAGCGCAAACGAGGAGGACGCUGUGGCGACUGUGUUCUUCCCUACAUUCACUACGACCACCCUCAUAAUCUUGUAUGUGCACAAGAAGAAGCGGGAUUGGGGGUUGAGUCUCACGUAUGGCUCCACUGUGACGAUUGUGUUGUUGAACGCGCUGCUGCUUUCCCUAUUUUCGACAGUGCACUACGGAUAUUGUAUGCAGCUGCAGGAGCGUCGUUGGUCACCGUGGCUGGAGGGUGCCGUGGAUAUCGUGUGCCCUCGAUCGACCCAUCAAACCCCAUUCUUAACUUUGAUGCUUCUGAGCGUGUUGAAUGUUCUCUUCAUGGCACUGGACUAUCAGUACAAAAAGGUGCGUGGAUUUGACCCGGUGCGUGGGCUGCUGUGGAGUGAGGUUUUCGAUAUGCGGAAGGAAGGGUCUCAGGCAUCUGCUGUGGAGGCUUGUAGUGACCGGCGGAGGCUGCAGCAGCAGCCGCGGCGGAUAACGAAACACAGGAAAUCAAUAGUUGCUACGUCAAAGGGGCCUGCGAGUUGUAGCUUUGCCGCUUCUCCCGAGGAGCUGAAACUUCUUAGGUCCGGCUCGUACCCCGUGAAUCGGCCUGGCAUGGUGCCGUGGUUCUCGACCUUUAUUGCGGGUACGGCGUUGCAGGCAUCUUUGGGGGCGCUGUUGAACUUCUUGACGUUUGACCAGCGUUGUGUAGAGCUGCACUCGGCGCCGAAGGUUUUCCAUCUCUCUUUUGUGAGUCGGUUGGGUGUAGCCGCAGACCCGGUGUGCGACGCUGAGGCGGUGGGAGGGCCCCCAGCUGCGGAGAGGCCGUCGCUGAGUGAUUCUUUGGCCGAUCGAGGGAGCGAUGUGUGGUUCGACUUCAUUGGUGACGUUGGGGAUGGAUUCAACUCGACGUAUGAGAUGGCCCGUCUUCUGGCGCAGCCUUUUUUGAUGCUGCCAACGACCGAAAGACGGAGGGCGAAGGGAGCUGGGCUUGGCGUCAAGCAGCGCCCCCGCAACGCGUCGUUUACGGCCGCGUCAGCGAAGCCUUCACGCUGCGGUUCGGUGCCCAAGCAAAGGCGAUCCCGAGGAAGCGUCAGUGGGACUUCAAUCAUACUUGACGAUUACGAGCCGGAGGAGCACCAUUAUCUUCCACGUGCGUCGUUUGUGAUCAUUGGUGGGGACUUGGCGUACCCCAACCCCACCGACGAGACGUACCAAACACGUCUGCGGGAACCCUACCAAGAUGCGCUUCGAGCCUGCGGUGGGUUGCGUGAGCUGGUGCGGGAACGGUACGAUGAGUUGGUGGUUCGGAAUGAAAAGUGCAGAGAUGAAGCGUAUGUUUCUAUGCUGUCUGCGUCAAGAGUGGAGGCGAUGGUCCGUCGCAGUGGUCCCUUGAGUGGUGAGUCUGGCGAAGGUGAGGCUCUGCGCAGUGUGCCGCUCAUGUUUGCUAUUCCCGGCAACCACGACUGGCUGGAUGGUCUUGUAACGUUCAAAAAACACAUCAUUGAAGACUCUUGGCUUGGGGGGUGGCUUUUGCCGCAGAGAAGCUCUUUCUUCAUUCUGGCGCUGCCGCAUAACUGGUAUGUGUUUUGUGGUGACACCGGAAACGUUGCUGAUAUUGACAGUGGACAGCGAAAUUAUUUUACAGACUUUAUUGAGAAGCACCUGGACGAAGAGGCGUGUGCUAUUUUGGCUUGUCACGAGCCCGCGUGGGUCUACGAAGCCGCUCAAGGAGGCCGUUUGCCUCCUAUGCAGUCACAAUUAAACAUGGUUGCCGACGCUCUCGGCACGCGGCUGCGGCUGCGAAUAUGUGGUGACAUUCACCACUACUCGCGCCACUCACCCGCGGACGCUUUGUCAGAGGCCCCCACACUUGUUGUGAGUGGUGGGGGUGGUGCCUUUCUGCAUGGAGCGCUCAACAAUCCUGUCGUGUCACAGGGAACAGAGUAUAGGCGUUCAUCGGCCUUUCCGCCGCGGAACGAUAUGACGUCGAUCCUUGCGCGACUUGUGGGUUUUCGCCUCAUCAACUGGAAGUUUGAUAUUAUUGCGGGUUUUUUGUGCUUCGGCCUUAUUGUGUCAACUCUCCCGCUGAGUAUGCAGGACAAGCGCGUGCAGAACAUCACAGAUGCCUCUCAGUUUGCUGCGAGCGUUGUGACGCUGACACAGGAGCUUUUCGUGUUCACCUUCAGCAAAGCCAUUGUGUCGUUUGCCGUGGCUCUCUUUUUUUUCUCUGUAUUUUUCUCUGGUGGAUCAGGCAGUCGGGGUGUGGUCUUCCGUGUGAUCUACGCAUCGCACUGGACUGCGCUCGUGGUACUCGCCUCCACCGGCAUGCUGGCCUUGGUGCAAACAACGCUCGUGUACAUGACGAACAAUCACACGCUUCUGUCGAGCAAGGAGCACUGGGGCAGUAUGAUGGAGGUUCAGGUGCGCAGCGCUGCAGACACCGUCUUCAGUCACACGCGCGAGUUGCUUGGUGAGGGUCACAUGAUCUCUUCUGUGAUGAAGAAGGUGCAGUUGGCGGCGUACGGUAGCCCGGUCGUUGAGGGCGUGUGUAUGGUAUUGCGUAGCCUGGACGUUGUGGAGAACUUGGCGUAUCUCUCGCACCACGUUAGCUCGGACGUCACGGGCACCUUCUCCCACUUGGCUGACCGCGUACACAUCUUCCUGUACUACCUUCACCUGCUGCUGGUUUACUGGCUGCUAGAAACCCCUCUCGUUUCUUUCAUCAUUGGUGUUUUUCUGUUCGUGUCGUUCUACUUCUUUGGCUUUAUGUACGACGCAGCGUUCUCCUCUUUUCAGAUUGAGGAUUACAAACACUUCGUUCGCUUUCGCAUCGAUGGGCAAACCAGAGAGCUGCACGGCUACGUGGUGGCAGAGAAGCGCGUGCCAAAGGUGUGGUUGCGUGACACGAGGCAUGUCGCUGAGUUCACGAAUGCGGAAACAAAGCCCCUCCCGCCACAUUUGCGUAAGUGGCCGAGCCGGUGGCAGCCAGUGCAGGUGUCGGGGUCGGAAUCCGUGCCGGAGGUGCUUGAGCACUUUGUGGUGAAGCCACAUCGGAUGCCGAGUCAUGUCAGCCGGAAUAACAGCAGCACGUAG